GUCUGUCAAAUGUCAUGUCAACGCUCCUAAUGUCAAUUAUUAUAACCUAGUUCCAAUGUUUAGAUUUUUUAAAAACAAAAACUUUUACAUUUCUUAAAGUUUAUUAUAUUAAGUAAACGCAAUAUUAUGAAUAUUUUAAUAUGUAGUGAAUGUAACUAUAUUAUAGAAAAAAACAUAAUUAGUGCCUUAAAAACAAAGACUAAUGAAGUUUGACAGUUCACAAUAUUUUUAUUUUAUUUUGUAGGAAAGAACUCGGUUUUGUAGAAUAACAUACCAAUUUAGCGAUUAUUUAGUAAAUGUGUAUUAGUUUUUUAUAUUUCAUAAUGACUAAGCUGGUUUUAUUAUGUUAGUUCAAACUGUAAGUUCAAUAGAUGUUUACAUAAUAGUGUAAUGUAACUUGUCUAUAAAGUUGUGACAUUUAUAAGAAAGUAAAAUAGUUAAUCAUACGAUUUAUAGCAUUGUAAGUAUUUCUACUUUGACCUUAGCUAUUUAGUUAUACCAAUAUUGUAUCAUUUUAUCUCUAUGUGAAAGCAGUAUUGACCUUUACAGAAAAGUAUAGAUUCUUAACUUUAUAUUUAAAAGUUUUACAAUUCUCAAUAUCACCUUCCAAGUUUACCUCUACUUAAAAAAAACCUUUUCGAGAUUGUGAUACCAGAUCUGUAACAGAAGCUAGAGUAGUACUGAAGAUAAUGAAGACAAUAGUUACAAUAAUGAAUAACAAAUCAAUAACUUAUGGAUGAGGUGCAGAUGAUGUCCGCGGUGAGCGGGGAGCCUAUGCUGCGCCGCGUGAAGCAGGAAGCGGAACCGCCGCCCCAGUACUCGCCAGAAACGCUCGCGGAGCACCCGCCUCACCGCCCUGUACCAAUGGUACAUGCUCCCCAGUUGGAGCUCGAGCCAAAGGAGGAGGUGAAGUUCUGCGUGUCGCCGGAGAGCGGUGUAGUUGGCAACACCAGCCCGGAGCAGCAGCACUGCUCGUCGACGACCGCGGCGGCGGCGGGGGGCGCGCGGGACGAGGACUCGCCGCGCCGCUACUGCCUCGUGUGCGGCGACGUCGCCUCCGGCUUCCACUACGGAGUUGCGAGCUGCGAGGCCUGCAAGGCCUUCUUCAAACGGACCAUACAGGGCAACAUAGAGUACACGUGUCCCGCGUCCAACGAGUGCGAGAUCAACAAGCGGCGGCGCAAGGCGUGCCAGGCGUGCCGCUUCCGCAAGUGCCUGCGCACCGGCAUGCUGCGCGAGGGCGUGCGCCUGGACCGCGUGCGCGGCGGCCGCCAGAAGUACCGCCGCGCGCCCGACGCGCCCGCGCCGCUCGCGCCGCACGCGCCCCGCCCGCACCUCGACGACAUCAAGAUCCUUGAAGCACUAUCAUCAUAUGAACCUGAAUUGUUAACGUGCGCAGCGCCACCUGCCGGCGUGACAGAUCCAACUGCGAGAACACUAGCUUUACUAGCAGAUCUCUACGAUAGAGAGCUGGUGGGCGUCAUUGGAUGGGCCAAACAGAUACCCGGAUUCACAGAUUUACAACUUAACGACCAGAUGCGGCUGCUGCAGAGCACGUGGGCGGAGAUGCUGAGCCUGAUGCUGGCGUACCGCUCGCUGCCGGCCGCCGGGCCCGGCGCGCUGCGCCUGCGCUUCGCCGCGGACCUCGCGCUCGACGAGCAGCAGGCGCGCGACAUCGGCGCGCUCGACCUCUACCUGCAGGUGUGUGGCGUGGCCAGGCGGCUGGAGCGCGCGGGUGCGCUGCGCGAGGAGUGCUUCCUGCUGAAGGCGCUCGCGCUCGCCAACUCGGAGGCGCGCCUCGACGAGCACGCCGCGCUGCGCCGCUUCCGCGACGCGAUCCUCGCCGCGCUCAACGACGCCACGCACGCGCUCAGGCCGUACAACGGCAAUGCAGCGCUACAGCAACUGCUGCUAGUGUUGCCAGCUUUGCGACAUGCGGACGUGUCGGUGCGACGCUUCUGGGCUGCCGUACAUCGAGAACGACGCGCGCCGAUGAAUAAACUCUUCGUCGAAAUGCUGGAGGCCUGUCUCCGGUAGACCUCAACUCACCCCUUUUGCGCAAUAGCGCCGUAUUCGUGAACUGAUGGUACAUUCGAAGAUGGUUGUGUUAUAUUUAUUGUUUUAAAAACGUUUGAACUUUCGAACGUUUUUAAUCUGUGGACACUUUUUUCUGUAUGAGCGUUAUAAAAGUGGCGAAUUAAAGUUGUCGUGCGUAUUUUCUCAUUACUCGAGUUACGUUUCGCGUUUCGCUACGACGCUUCCUUAACGAUUAAGCUAUCUUUGUACCUACGACCUUGCUCUAUCGGGUUUGGCAGGACCAGAGUGUAGGAGCAAACACUCGCGCAGUGUCAAAAUGGUGGAAGGACGCGGGGUCGCGACUUAUUCGUUCCAUUUGUCAUCACAAAAAAUCAUAUCACAUCGGUAGUGAAGUUCGUUUGCCAUCACUUUUUAUAAUCUGCAUUUAACGUUCGCGAAGCGUAAACGUUUUGUUGUUGUCGAGAGAAAUGUGAUUAUUGUUGUGAGUGUACAUACAUUAUUUAUGGACAUUGUUUAGUCUGUGGUAUUAUGGCUGUGAAGUGGGCGGGUGGUCUUGAUUGGGAGACUGGAAAUAAUUUGACGUUUCAGAUUUCUCUAGGUUAUUUUUGGCGGGAAAUACUGUCGCGUCCCCGCGCCAAUAAUGUACAAAAGAAUGGACGGAUCUAGUACAAAACUUGUUACUAUUUUUGUAUAAUAUUAAAAAUAUAUCUAGUUUUACUGGGCGAUAAGGUUUCGAGAUUAAUGCGGUCGAGAAUGUUUCAUACGUAGAGAACGCAUGCUACCACACAUACCAAUAUAAAAAUACCUCAAACGUUGAGCUAAAGUAAAUUAAUGUAAGUUAAUAGUUUGGUUUUCUAUAUUACUUAAUAAUGUACAGACACGUAAAUAACAAAUAUAGAAUUAUAUAAUAAAUAUGACGUUUGUAAGGCAUUUUAAAUAUGACGUAGUUUUUAUAUAAACUAAUCUGCAAAUAUUUAAAUAGCAAUAUGUAAAAAAGAUUGCAAUAGAAAAGGAAUUAUUUUUACAACGAAAAUAUAAAAUGUUAUUUACCCCUUUAUAAUAUUAUAGGUAGCUUUACUCACUGCCUCAAACAUAAGUACAGAAUACUACUUAGAUAACACCCGUGUAGUGUAGUGAUACCUCAUAUCUUAUAAGGAAAUUAAUUUAACAAAGUGGGUUGUUUUCUUGACUGCGCAUUGAAGUAUAUGUAUCAGGUAUAGCCGAGGCCGUUUUCGGCAGAAUUAACUUUAAUUACGUUAUUUCGAUACUUCUGUGUAUAUCAACGGACGAUAGGGAUUUUUUAAUUACUGGUGUAGUCGUUAUGUUCAUUUUUGUGCGCUAAAAGUUGUUCAUGAUUCUACGCCCGUUCUUUCAAUGAAUGUUGGUGUGUAACUUUUUAUGUUAUACAUGAAUGUAGACUUGGCUAAACGCUCCCUAGAUUAAAUGUGCCUUUAAAAUUGGCACAGCUUAAUCGGUUGUUAUUGAGAAGAUUUAUUUAAACCAGUUAGACGUAUUUUAUGCUGCAAUAUGUAUAUCGAUUAUAUCUAUUUCUAAAUCUGUUCCACUUAUAAAUGUAUCAUGUUUUGCAUUGUUGAAUUAAUUAUCAAUGUUUAACAUAUAAAUAUAUCUAUAAAUAUUGUUACAAAAAUGUGUUUGAGACAAGAGGAACAGUACUAUAAAUCGUAAAUACCUCAGAUAUCUGUUACCAAUACACAGAAAUUAUCAUGUAUGAUGUAGCAAACAUAUUUAAUGUAAGAUAAAAAAAGCAAUCAGAAAUAUCGCCCAAUUUAUUAUGAAAUAUCGAACCGCAAUUUUAACUAGCAUAAAUUUCAAAAUAUAUACUUACACUUUGUAAAUAAUUAUACAAUAAUAAAUAUUGAAAAUUUAUAGUGCUAAUUAAGAUGUAUGGAAUCGAUUUUAUCUAUUUAUAUACAACUUUAUUACGUGACAUUUGUUGUGACUAAUUAUUCAGUUGGUAACCUUUAUAUUUGCAAAAUAAUUUUUAUAAUCUGUAAUUCUGUAAGAUUUAUAAUUGAGCGAUCUCUCUGAUUAAUUUAUGGAUGCGCGUUUCAUUUCCUGUUGCAUAAUUCAAUAUUAUAAUAUAAUAAAGCAUUGAAAUCAUUGAAUUAUAUUCAUGUUACUGUCGAAACAGUCCAUGGAUUUAAGUGGAGUCAACACGAUAUAAUAUUGCAUAUGUAUUAGUUUUAUAUAAUAUGAUAUACAUUAAUAACAUGUGACUGAUUAAAAAUGUCUUACAGAAUGUUUGUUUUGUUAUAUCACAAUAUAAAAUAUUUUUUUUACUGUGUGACAGGUAAAGGCGCGUACAUAAUAUAGAAACGUCCUAUUAAAAUGUAUACUAAUUUCCAGUGAGUCGAACGAAACGUUAUGUUGUAGUUAUUCUUAUGUUAAGAAUAUUCAUGUUAUUUAUAAUUUUUUAAAUGUACUUUGUGUACGGGGCGGGGAUAGUCUCAGGGUAUGAUAGCUGUACAAAUUGCGAGAUGUGCCAGAUUAGGUGUUAAGUGUUUUUUAAUAAUAUUUUUCAUGUUUGAUCUGUUAUUCCUACGACAAAAUGGCGGACCAUUGUUUUGGCGCUAAAUUAUACAUUUAUUUAGAUCUAUAAGAUCAAGUAUAAAUUUUACAUGUGUGAAACAAAACUUAUGUAAAUAUUAACGGUCGUUAUCCAAACUACCGCCAUUUUAUAUAUUUUGUUUAAUUCAUAAUAUAGUUCCUAAAUUUCUUUUAUUAGAUCUACCAUGUUUUCGUAAUAAAAUAUGGUUUAAUUUUAAAAUUAACAUAUUAAGGGAGGCGAUUGGUAUAUAUAGAUAUUCAAUGUAUAUUAGAGUACAUAAAUAUUUAUGUGUAGCAUGAUACAUACUUUGUGAUUGUUGGCAGUAUAGUGUAGUCCUUUGUAACCUGUAGCAAUUUCAGAUCAAACCAGUUCAGUCCAACUACAGCCGUCUCUUAUUUUAAUUGGAAUGCGUACCCUCGUUUGUUUAUACUUUGUUAUUUAUAGUUAUGUCAACCGGUCUCGAAGAUAAUUAUGUGAAAUAAAUUGAAAUGGCU